AUGUCGUAUUUGACAUUUACCUCAACUAUAAUAGUGUUGUGUCUAUCCGUGUGUCUUCCCUUGCUAGAAACAUAUCGUACAGAAGAUACUGUCCGCCGUCAUCAUCACUAUCGAUGUCUCUCGACAGGAACGAAUCAUUUUCGUAGUAAAUUACUUCGACCAUUAUUGAUCGAACGCGUUUCAGGAACGAAAGGCAAUGUUCAAGCUCGAGAGCAUAUCAUUAGGACUUUGCAAGCAACUGACAUGUGGACAAUCGAACUUGAUACGUUCAGUGCUAUGACAUCUAAAAAAAAGCAGGUCGAAUUUACGAAUAUUGUUGCUACUUUAAAUCCGAGAGCAACUCGCCGCAUUGUGCUCGCAUGCCAUCACGAUUCAAAAGAGUUGCCCGGUUUCAUCGGUGCUACGGAUAGUGCAGUGCCAUGUGCCAUACUAUUGGAUAUAGCUGUCGAUUUACAAAAGCAACUUGCUCAACAGAAAUUAAAUGAAAACUAUCCAACACUACAGUUGAUCUUCUUCGAUGGAGAGGAAGCUUUUGGAGACUGGUCUUCAGAUGAUUCGCUCUAUGGAUCAAAACAUCUAGCGACUAAAAUGCGUCAUACAAACGUUCUUGGACAACAUCAUUUCAAUCAGAUCGAAGCGAUAGAUGUAUUUGUACUAUUGGACUUGAUCGGUGAUAAAAGUUUGAAAUUUAGCAAUUUUGUCAAUUUGAAUGCAAGGAAAUAUUACAAUCAAUUGCAGGAGAUCGAAACUCAACUCAUUCAUUCUUACGAUGACAAUGAACAACGACAACGAUUAUUUUCUUCCGAAUCUCUCAAUGACAUGAUCGAAGAUGAUCAAACUCCGUUUUCAAGCUUUGAUAUUCCAAUUCUUCAUUUGAUUUCCAAUCCCUUUCCACCGACAUGGCACAAAAUCAGUGACGAUGAAAUCCAUCUCGAUUUCUCAACUAUCGACCAUUUUCGAAACAUCAUAAAAAUCUUUCUUCAAAAGAAUCUUCAUCUAAAACAACAUUUCUGUUAA